AUGACUAGUGUACAAUUUGCUAUCGUGGACAUCAAACUGCGAAGUAUGGUGGUAUGUUAUGGUCCAUUCUUCUUACUCACCAAAUCUCUGCCUAUAAAUAGCAGCAGCUAUGCCACCAAUCCCACCAGCCUGACCCACCUCUCUAUUCUCCUCCUCUUCUUCAUCAACAUCAUUCUGCAGAGUCAUAUUCUGCCAUCACUGACGAGAAUGGAUCCAAUCAGUGUCACUGACCAGAACAGCAAAAAGAAGAUCAAGCACGAAGGAGCUGAGAUGGAGAAGAUAAAGGGAAGUGUUGUGCUUAUGAAGAAGAAUUUGUUAGACUUCAGUGACCUCGUAGCCUCAGCCGCCGAUCGGUUUGAUGAGAUUCGUGGCAACAAGGUCUCCCUGCAACUCGUCAGUGCCGUCAAUGGCGAUCCGGAGAAUGGUAACAGAGGGAAAGUUGGAAAGCCAGCGUACCUGGAAGACUGGUUUACUAAGUUUGACCCUCUAACAGCAGCAGAUGUAGCAUUUAAUAUCACUUUUGAAUGGAACGAAGAAGAGAUUGGCCUUCCUGGGGCAUUCAUUAUAAAGAACUCUCACCACAAUGAAUUCUACCUGAGGACUCUUACACUGGAAGAUGUGCCUGGCCAUGGCAGGAUCCACUUUAUCUGUAAUUCUUGGGUCUACCCACAUCAGUAUUACAAGAAAGACAGGGUGUUCUUCACUAAUCAGACAUAUCUUCCAAGUAAAACUCCCAGUCCACUACGUCACUACAGAGAAGAAGAAUUGAAAACCUUGAGAGGAAAUGGAACUGGAAAACUCGAGGAAUGGGAUCGUGUCUACGACUAUGAUCUGUACAAUGAUUUGAGUGAACCAGAAAAAGGGCCAAAGCUCAUUCGCCCAAUUCUUGGAGGAUCGACCAAGUAUCCUUAUCCUCGAAGGGGAAGAACAGGCCGGCCACCAGCAGAAGCAGAUCCUAGAUAUGAGAGCAGGAUUCCACUUCUUAAAAGCUUAAACAUUUAUGUCCCGAGAGAUGAACGAUUUAGUCACUUGAAGUUUUCGGAUGUCCUAGCUUAUGGGUUGAAAUCUUUAUUCCAGUUCCUUCUCCCUGAGGUUGAGAGUAUCAUUGACAGCGCCCCUAAUGAAUUUGACAAACUCGAAGAUAUACUAGACCUCUACGAAGCAGGAAUCAAGCUACCUGAUUGGCCUUUUCUUGAGAGUAUUAGGAAAAAUAUUCCUUCUCAGACACUCAAGGAAAUACUUAGAACCGAUGGUGAGCGAGCCUUUCGUUUCCCAGUCCCCCUUGUAAUCAAAGAGGACAAGCAUGCAUGGAGGACAGAUGAAGAAUUUGCAAGAGAGAUGUUGGCUGGACUAAAUCCUGUGGUCAUCCAUAGUCUCCGAGAGUUUCCUCCUAGUAGCAAGCUAAAUCCAAAAUCAUAUAACAAUGAGGGCAAUACAAAGACCAAGGAGAACAUAGAGAAGAACCUAGAAGGAUUAACUAUAGAUGAGGCUCUGAAGGAAAACAAGCUGUUCAUAUUAGAUUACCAUAACGUUCUGAUGCCAUAUCUGAGGGGAAUAAACAAAACUUCCACAAAGUUAUAUGCCACAAGGACACUCCUAUUCUUGAAAAGUGAUGGAACCUUGAGGCCGCUGGCGAUUGAACUGAGUCUGCCUAACCCAGUCGAAGAUGAUUCAGGAGAAGUUAGUGAAGUAUAUACACCAGCAGAACAUGGUGCUGAAGGUACCAUUUGGCAGUUGGCUAAAGCUUAUGUUGCAGUGAGUGACUCUGGCUAUCAUCAGCUUAUUUGCCACUGGUUAAAUACUCAUGCAUCCAUUGAGCCAUUCAUCAUUGCAACAAAUAGGAAUCUAAGUGUGCUUCAUCCAAUACAUAAGCUUUUGCAUCCUCACUUCCGCGACACCAUGCACGUAAAUGCACUUGCUCGGCAAACUCUCAUUAAUGCUGGUGGGCUGCUUGAGAAAACAUUGUUUCCAUCAAAAUAUGCUAUGGAAAUGACAGCCGUUGCUUAUAGAGACUGGACCUUUCCAGAGCAAGCGCUCCCUGCUGAUCUUGUCAAGAGAGGAAUGGCAGUUGAGGACUCGAAAUCUCCACAUGGCGUGCGCUUGCUAGUAGAGGACUACCCUUAUGCUGUUGACGGGUUGGAGAUCUGGUCGGCAAUCAAAACAUGGGUUGAGGACUACUGCAGAAUCUACUACGCGACAGAUGACAAAUUACUGGAAGAUUCUGAACUUCAAACCUGGUGGAAGGAGCUCCGGGAGAAGGGUCAUGCCGACAAGAAAGACGAGCCAUGGUGGCCUAAAAUGCAGACACGUAAAGAGCUAGUGGAAACAUGUACCAUUAUCAUAUGGGUGGCUUCUGCUCUCCAUGCAGCACUCAAUUUUGGACAAUACCCUUAUGGAGGCUAUCUCCCGAACCGCCCAGCCAUGAGCCGCCGCUUCAUACCCAAGCAAGGCACUCCUGAAUACGAUGAGCUUGAGUCAGACCCUGAAAAGGCUUUCCUGAAAACAGUUACCCCGCAGAUGCUAAGCAUUCUCGGCAUUUCACUGGUGGAGAUUUUGUCAAGGCACACUUCGGAUGAGGUUUUCCUUGGAAAGAGAGACACUGCAGAAUGGACAGCAGACAAAGAAGCGGUAAAAGCCUUUGGGGAGUUUGGGGAGAACCUAGCAGGAAUUGAGGACAGGAUCAUAAGGAUGAACAUUGAUGAGAAAUGGAGGAACAGGGUUGGACCAGCCAAGAUGCCUUACACUUUACUAAUUCCAACCAGUGGAGUUGGUCUCACGGGCCGGGGAAUUCCCAAUAGUGUCUCAAUCUGAGACCUUUCAUUUGGAAAUCCAGUUCAAUUUUGGUCAGCUGUUUAGUAUUUAGUACUUCAGUCAAGUUCACAACAAUGGUGAAGGUGUUUGUUGUUCAAUAAAUUUGCACGCUUGUAAAAA